CAGCAUCAGGAAAAGAAAAGCCUCCGAGGAGACCAGAAAGGAGAGAUCAUCUCUCCUUUUAUGCCCCGUCUGGCCGGUUGAUAUUCUGACUUUGCUAAACCAAAUGCCUGCUCUUCUUAAACAUUUCCUUGAGGUGCCAGUGGGAUAUGGCACCGCUCACUGGAAGAGUUCCUGCGUACUGAGUACCUGCAGGACAGUGGCAGCGACUGACCCGGCCCUCCAAGGCCGAUGCUGCCGCAGUUGCCCCUACUCCCACACCACAGAUUUUAUCACCCGUGUCUGGUCCAUGGUCCCCGGCAGGGUCACAGGGCCCAGAGAAGGGUCAGAGGGAAGUGAUAACCUUGAAGGGCUGGGACUCCCAGGCAAGAGACACAGCUAUUUGGUCUUUGCCAUAAGUAGCCCCACUGCGAGGCUGGCCACCAGCCCUGCUGUGGUAGCCCACCCACCUGACGUCCCAUUUCAAUCAGCUCUUCCGUGUGUUAAAGGAGACCCUCAGCCCUACACUGCUGGUCAUAAAAGCUAAAGCAAUGUUCCCUUCUGGGGGAAUCUACCUUGUAAGAGAUUCCUGAAGAUCAAAGAGGCCCUGAGGGUGGAAAGUCAUACACUGUGAGAGAUGAUGAAGGGGAAAGCUGGGGUUGGGCGUGAGGAAAACUGCCCAGUUCCCUGGUCAGAAAGCCGCUCGGCCAAAGCACUGGGCAGCCUGGGCUCUCCCCUGCCCUGGCUCCCCAUCACGGCAAGACGAGGCAGGAUGGAUGGCCCACCUAGGCAGAAAGGACCAAACACCUCUUGGUCUCCAGGAGCCUCCUUGAUGGUGGACCCCCUGGAAGGGGGAUAUUGCCUUAGCUUUCACAAUUCGUAGUCCAGGGGUCAACUUAACAGAACAUGGGGCACAGGCUGGGUGGGCACCUUCUCCGAGGCUUGGGCAGAUGAAUACAGCCCUCCCCACUGAAGAGCAGCGCAGCUCUUCCAAAAGGACACAGUCCCCAGUUCACCACGUGGUGACCUUUGCUUCCAAGGCCGUUGAGCACAGGAUUUUAUGGAAUGUGGGUGGGGUCAGUUACCUGUUGUCUCCCAGACGGGUGAGAUCUUGAGAACUUUAGGGCCAGGGAAGGGUUCCUCGUCCUGUCUGAGCAGUUUCCCCUCAGAACUGGUUGUCCCCAGUAUACUGGGCUGUUACUGAGCAGAACAGUGGGUAGGUUUAGGAGGUGACUAUCUGCCCCCUAACUGUGGGCAAUGGGAAGACAGGAGGGAUCACCCUGAGCCCCGAAUAUAUAUAAUUCCUGUGGUUUGACUCCCAGGGGUCCAUCAGAACAGACACCAUGGCCGAGUAUGACUACGGAGACCCCGGGUUCUUCAACGCUUCCAAUGACAGCAUCCAGGGGCAUGAACACUUCCUGCAGUUCAGCAAGUUCUUCCUGCCCUGCAUGUAUGUGGUGGUGUUCAUCUGUGGCCUGGUGGGGAACUCCCUGGUGCUGGUCAUAUACAUCUUCUACCAGAAGCUGAAGAGCCUGACGGACGUGCUCCUAAUGAACCUGCCCUUGGCUGACCUGGUGUUCGUCUGUACUCUGCCCUUCUGGGCCUAUGCAGGCAUCCAUGAGUGGGUCUUUGGCAACGUCAUGUGCAAAACCCUGCUGGGCAUCUACACUUUGAACUUCUACACGUCCAUGCUCAUCCUCACCUGCAUCACCAUGGACCGCUUCAUUGCAGUGGUUCAGGCCACCAAGGCCUAUAACCAGCAGGCCAAGUGGAUGGCCUGGGGUAAGGCCAUCUGCUUGUCCAUCUGGGUAGUUUCCCUGCUGGUUUCCCUGCCGCAGAUCAUCUAUGGCAAUGUCCUUUACCUUGACAAGCCUGUCUGCGGCUAUCACAACGAGGAGAUUUCCACCAUGGUUCUGGCCACCCAGAUGACACUGGGGUUCUUCCUGCCACUGCUUGCCAUGAUUGUCUGCUACUCAGUCAUAAUCAAGACACUGCUUCAGGCCCGAGGCUUCCAGAAGCACAAGUCUCUGAAGAUCAUCUUCCUGGUGGUGGCGGUGUUCCUGCUGACCCAGACGCCCUUCAACCUGGUGAAGCUCAUCCGCAGCGCGAGCUGGGAGUACCACACCAUGACUAGCUUUCACUAUGCCAUCACAGUGACAGAGGCCAUCGCUUACCUGCGUGCCUGCCUUAAUCCUGUGCUCUAUGCCUUUGUUGGCCUGAAGUUUCGGAAGAACUUCUGGAAACUUGUGGAAGACGCUGGCUGCCUCCCUCACCUGGGUGUCUCAAGCCAAUGGAAGUGUUCAGAGGACACUUCCAAGACUGCUUCAGCCUCUCGCAACACGGAGGCGACCAGCAUGUUCCAGCUGUAGGCCUUGCUGGGCUUGGAGAGGCUGCUCAGGAAGUCACAGGAGCAUGGCUGUGUCCUCUAAGGCUUUGUGUAUAGCAGGAGCAUUCUCAAGGAGAAUCAAAUGGUGCAGCUGGGGUGGGAUGCUUCUUCUCAGGCAUGCGCAGACUGUGCUCUCUUCUCUUACACCCAGGCCUAAAGCUCAAAGGGGAGUCUGAAAGCUGCCAGAGCUUUCCUUCCUCUACCCCGAGAAUACUGACACCAGGGAAUGACAUGUGAUUCUCAAGACCCCAGCUUCUCCUUCAAUGGGAAUGGGAAUGGGACUAAGGGUUGAAGAGGGGGACCUGGACAACAAAGGUCUUGAUGGCACGUGACACUCUGGGCUCCCAAGUUCAGAAGAUUCUUCUGCAGCCUGGGAAGCAGGGGAGGUUAAAGCAGCCAUGAAAACCAGUGCUGACACUGUCACUCAGACCUCCAUCACCAGGUACCCAACAGAAAUGAGCUCAGGUUCUGCCGCGCCUUGUGCGGUUGGUUUUAUAUAGAUAGCUGCUUUAUGUUCUCUGAUUAAUCCUGGAAGGACUAGCACCAGGGAAUAUGAAUGGGCCAAAGCAAAUUAGGGUCGGCUGAGGAUUCCAGUGGGCCACAGAAUGCUAGAAAAAUGUGAAAAGCUGAGUUUAAGACUAUCAUGAGUCUAAGCAGCACUUCUGAAAUGGAUCUUUGGUGGGUUUGCUCAUUUAAAACCUGAAUUUAUGCAAUGCCUCACAC